GAGGACAUCUUGCAUCGGGCUCUAUAGACCAGCUACUCUACACCACCUAGACACUUAAAAGCGACGCGGAAGUAUGCCGACUAUCAGCGUCGACAAGGCGGACCUCUACCGCCGCCUGGAGCGCGAGUACACCACCAAGGAGUUUGACGAGCUCUGUUUCGACUUUGGCAUCGAGCUGGACGAGGACACGACCGAGGAGGUCGAGGCCGCGCGCAAGGCCGGCCAGGAGACGGCUGCCCCUCAGCUCAAGAUUGAGAUCCCUGCCAACCGCUACGACCUGCUCUGCAUCGAGGGCCUCGCCCGCGCGCUCCGCGUUUUCCUCGAGAAGGAGGCGCCGCCGGCGUACACGCUCGCUCAGCCCGCCCAGCUGAUCGAGGCCUACGUCGAGCCCUCGACCUCCCCCCUCCGCCCCCUCUUCGCCGGCGCCGUCCUCCGCCUCGCUCGCCCCCUCAACCAGCUCGAGUACGAGUCCUUCAUCGACCUCCAGGACAAGCUCCACCAGAACCUCUGUCGCCAGCGCCGCUUUGUCGCCAUCGGCACGCACGACCUGGACACGAUCGAGGGCCCGUUCCGCUACCAGUGCAAGGACCCCCACCAGAUCAAGUUCGCGCCGCUCAACAAGGACACGGUCUACACUGCUGCUGAGAUGAUGCCCCUCUACGACCAGGACAGGCAUCUGAGCAAGUACCUGCACAUCAUCCGUGACGCACCCGGAUACCCCAUCAUCUACGACAAGCAGGACCGCGUUCUGUCCAUGCCGCCCAUCAUCAACUCGCAGCACUCCAAGAUCAUCCCUGGCAAGACCAAGAACAUCUUCAUCGACACCACUGCCACCGACCAGACCAAGCUCGACAUUGUCAUCAUGAUGGUCGCCACCAUGUUCUCCGAGUACUGCAAGGUGCCCUUCCAGGUUGAGCCCGUCAAGGUCCACCUCCCCGACGGCAAGACCAUCAUCACCCCCAGCGUCGCGCCCCGCAAGACGACUGCCUCGCACUCGUACAUCAACGCCGCCACCGGCCUCGACCUCACGCGCGAGCAGCAGGCCAAGCUCUUGACCCGCAUGUCGCUCUCGGCUCGUCCCUCGGCCACCGACGCCGAUGUCCUCGACGUCGACGUGCCCUGCACCCGCCCUGACAUUCUCCACGAGUGUGACAUUAUGGAGGACCUGGCCAUUGCUUACGGCUACAACAACCUCCCCACUGCCCUUCCCCGGACGUCGACGGUCGGAAAGCCCCUCCCCAUCAACAAGCUCGGUGACAUCCUCCGCAAGGAGUGUGCCCAGGCUGGCUGGACCGAGGCGCUCCCCUACAUUCUCUGCUCGCACGACGAGAACUUUGGCUGGCUUAACCGCAAGGACCCUGGCAACUACGCCAUCUCGCUCGCCAACCCCAAGUCGGUCGAGUUCCAGGUUGUCCGAACGUCGCUCAUCCCCGGUCUCCUCAAGACUGUCCGUGAGAACAAGGCUCUGCCCCUGCCCCUCAAGGUCUUCGAGGUGUCGGACGUUGCCAUCCAGAACCCCAAGCAGGAGCGUGGUUCUGAAAACUUCCGCAACCUCGGUGCCGUCUACCUCGACCGCAAGGCCGGCUUCGAGGUUGUCCACGGUCUUCUGGACCGCAUCAUGCAGAUCCUCGCCGUUCCCUUCAUCGAGCGGGCAGAGAGCGAGGCCGCGUACGGCUACUACAUUGCCGAGGCCGAGGACGAGACCUACCUCCCCGGCCGUGCCGCCAACGUCUUCUACCGCCCCAAGCCUGACGCCGCACCCGCCAAGGCCGAGGGCGGCGUGCUCAACACUGUUGCUGGCGCCCUCAAGGCGGCCCUCCCCGGCGCGUCUCGCGACAUCAAGCUCGGCUCGCUGGGUAUCCUCCACCCAUCUGUUCUGGGCAAGUUUGAGCUCACCCGCCCGGCCUCGGUGCUCGAGCUCAACGUCGAGCCCUUGUUGUAAACUAUGCGAUCGGGUUAGAGAGAUG